CGCACGCUCUUUGUUGCCUCUGUGGUCGUUCCCAGGGCGACUCAGUCGGCUGCCCGCACCACACAUCUUCCCUCCCACCGACUCCUCCAUCUCAUCCUCCGCGGUCCCUCUUCGGCCAGCGCACUGGCUGUCGACACUGGAUGACAGCCCUCAAAUCCCCCCCCACCCGGUUUCCUGUCAUACAGGCAUAACUGUUAUGGCGAACAAAGGAACGACCACGCCUGCCAUGCUGCGGCCCCUCUCACAUGACGGGAUCCCGGCUACCACGAUACCAAGACGAGCCUGGGGUGCUUCGUCGUCUCCCGCGCCUAGCCUCCCCCUCUCCCCGACCAAAGAAAUGCAGGACGCUAGCGUGCAUUCGCAAGCCAGACCAGCAUCGAUGCCGCCCAAGAUAAGAAAACCCUGCGAUAUCAGCAACCUGAUGUCGCCUCCGGAGCCUGCACCGCUUGAGACGUUCAAGGCGGCGGGGCUGCCAAGCGAGAAGGCCGCUCCAUCUCCCGCCGAGCAGGUUCCUCGUGAGCCUCUCUCGCCGCCCGUGUCGCCCUUCUCGCAUCCGUCCAGCACAAUUAGCCCAGCUCCGCCGUUGGGCCUUAGCGACGGCAAGGACCCGAUUCUCUAUCCCGCCGGCGAACCCCGCGCGAGCGCUCCCACCGGCCCGCUGUUCAGCUUGAUCCCAGAGUCCGUCGUGAAUUACAAGGAGGCGACAGAGCGGCUCGUGAACGAACACAUCGCAUCGAGACCUGCCGGCCUCUUCCGCGACUCAACACCGCCGAAGCCCGAGGACUACGAGUUGGCCUUGUUCUUCAAGUCCAAUUGCUUCCGGAUGUUCCGGGACAACCCUCAAGAAUGGUUACGCAAGGAGCGCGCGCUUCUCCGGGCUGACCGCAGGCGCACGGCACCCUCGUUCCAGCCCCACAAGCUGCCUCACAUUCUCCCUGCCGCGAAGCCAGCAGUUUCGGGCCCGCAGCCUAGCAAGACCCCUUCGGCUCGCGUGCAGAAGCCUAGCCCGCAGAAGCCUAGACCCCCCAAGGUCAGGGUGCAGAAUCCUAGGCCUAUCCGCGCUACUCCCGCGCCAGCCCGGGAGACCAUACACGUCGGCACCCCUGAACCCCGGGUCCGAACGGUUGCGCCCAACCGCGAGGACAAGGACUUCGCGUCGCUGCAGGAUCUCUCACCCCCGCUCAGCACUCUCCCCGCGAAGGGGAACAGUUUGAAGGUAGACUGGAAGGGGAACGCACUGGACUUGACCAAUGACCCGUACCGGGACUUGCUGCAUCCCGACGAGCUGAUCCUGGCGAGCAACCUGCGAUUGGACUGCGCUACCUACCUCACCAGCAAGCGGCGCAUCUUCCUGCGCCGCCUCGAGUGCGCCGAGAAAGGCAAGGAGUUCCGCAAGACCGAUGCGCAGCAGGCGUGCAAGAUCGAUGUCAACAAGGCGUCGAAGCUGUGGCAGGCCUACGAGAAAGUCGGCUGGCUGGAUAUUGAGUGGAUGCGUCAGUACAUGAAGCGGAAGGACUGACGUCGAUGGACUCUAUCGACUCGCUAGACGGAUCUACCACUGGUUUUGGGUCACGUUUCAUUUUUGUCCGGGCGCUAGCUUGGCCG